AUGCUCUACUCCGACUUCCAGGCCCGCCUCGACGACAACCUCGCCGACUAUGGCUUGACGGUUGAGGGCAUCCUACGCGUCCCUCACUUCCAGUCUAUCGACCGGAAGCAGAAGACCGCCAUUAUGAGCAGCAUCCACGCGGCGCUCGACACUCGUCCCGACCUCCUGGUCGCGUGGAUGGCCGAAAUCGCCUCCCCCGACGAGCCGUUCACAAGCUUUGCGUCAAUUCUUUUUAUCCUCAUGCACCAAGUGGUGACAUCCGCAGAGGACGAUGCCAAGCAGGCAGAGUCGGAUGCGGUGGUCAAGGCCGAGGCUGCGACUGCCCGCGCUGUCGCCGCGGCACAGGACAAGUGCAAGGCCGAGGCUGAGGCGUCCACCAAGGCUGCGGUCGCGGACGCUGUGGCCGAAGCAAACGCUGAGGCGUCCAAGACCAUUGCCAUGUACGCCGCCAUGGCCAAGUUGGCCACCGUGUCCGAGCAUGGGAUCUGUGUCGUCUGCCAGGACAAGAAGGCUGACACGAUGCCCCACGCCUGUAACCACGUCAUGAUGUGUGAGGAUUGUGCCAAGGUGCUUCACGGAACCGGCUCCCCCUGCCCUGGAUGCAAGGAGACCCGGUAUCGCGAGGAGCAGUGGAAGGUGUUUCUGAUUUAG